UGGGGGACGCCCGUGGAGAUGGCUUGCGCUACCGCGGGGUCCCCAGCGGACCAGGACAGGUUUAUUUGUAUCUACCCCGCUUAUUUAAAUAAUAAGAAGACCAUAGCGGAGGGGAGGCGGAUUCCCAUAAGUAAGGCUGUAGAAAACCCUACCGCUACUGAGAUUCAGGAUGUAUGCUCAGCAGUUGGACUGAACGCAUUUCUGGAGAAAAACAAAAUGUACUCCAGAGAAUGGAACCGUGAUGUUCAGUACAGAGGCAGAGUCCGGGUUCAACUCAAACAGGAAGAUGGCAGCCUCUGUCUUGUGCAGUUCCCGUCACGUAAGUCAGUGAUGCUGUAUGUAGCGGAAAUGAUACCCAAGCUAAAAACAAGGACACAAAAAACAGGAGGUGCUGACCCAAGUCUUCAGCAAGGAGAGGGCAGUAAAAAGGGGAAAGGGAAGAAGAAGAAGUGAAGUGUGAAGGCAAAGCACACGUCCUACUGAGACACGGGCAUCUCUGUGUCUGCGGGAACAGCUUUUGUGUCGUUUAACUGAACUGUGAACAAGUAUGUCUCCCAUCUUCAUCACCAGAGCUAACAAUGAGAUAAGUUUACAUCAAAAGUUUGC